AUGGAUUCGGAAGACGACUUCAACAGCGCACAGUCAGGCGAAGAUGAUUUCAUGGAGGACCCGGACACGGACAACAGCUUCGGGGAAGAUGAAUCCGACGUCGACAUUGAUGAUGAUGCAGACAUUGCCUUUGACUCUCAGGAUAAGGAUAUUAAGCCCACCAAGAAGUCCUACGAAGUCGAUUUUAUGGUCUACAGCCCCGAAGACAUACAAAAUUACCAGAGCAAGGUCAUAGACGAGGUUUCCACGAUCCUGGGCAUGCCCUCCGAAUCCACAGCCAUCCUUUUACGCUACGCACGAUGGAACAAGGAACGCCUCCUCGAACAAUACAUGGACAAACAGGAGGAGGUUCUUGAAGAAGCUGGUCUUGGAGACGAGCAGGGUGGACCUCCGAGACCCCAGAAGGUUGAAGGCUUCAUGUGUGACAUCUGUGCCGAGGACGACCCAGACCUUCAGACUUUCGCGAUGAAAUGUGGUCACAGGUUUUGCGUGGAUUGCUACAGACAUUAUCUCGCGACGAAGAUCAAAGAUGAGGGAGAAGCGGCGAGGAUCAAGUGUCCCGGUUCCGACUGCAACAGGAUUGUAGAUUCGAAGUCGCUCGAUGUGCUGGUUACUGAAGACCUCAAGGAUCGAUACCAAGUUUUGCUCACCCGAACUUACGUGGAGGACAAGGAUAACCUCAAGUGGUGCCCCGCGCCGAACUGCGAAUAUGCUGUCGACUGCAGCGUAAAGCAACGCGAUCUGACCCGUCUAGUUCCAACUGUUGUUUGCAACUGCGGACACCCUUUCUGUUUCGGAUGCUCCCUUAAUGACCACCAACCUGCGCCUUGCGCUUUGGUGAAAAAGUGGCUGAAGAAAUGUGAAGAUGAUUCAGAGACGGCCAACUGGAUAUCUGCAAACACCAAGGAGUGUCCUAAGUGUCAAUCUACGAUUGAGAAAAACGGGGGCUGCAACCACAUGACCUGCCGCAAGUGCCGUCACGAGUUUUGCUGGAUGUGCAUGGGUGUCUGGUCCGAGCACGGCACUAGCUGGUACAACUGCAAUCGGUAUGAAGAAAAGAGCGGUCACGAGGCUCGGGACGCGCAGGCCAAGUCUCGGCAGUCAUUGGAGAGGUACCUCCACUAUUACAACCGCUAUGCCAAUCAUGAGCAAUCGGCGAAGCUGGACAAGGACAUCUAUCUCAAGACGGAGAAGAAGAUGACGCAGCUUCAGACUUCCUCGGGUCUGUCUUGGAUCGAGGUGCAAUUCUUGGAGCAGGCGUCACAGGUACUUCAGCAAUGCCGUCAGACGCUCAAGUGGACCUACGCUUUUGCGUACUACUUGGCCCGCAUCAAUCUGACGGAGAUUUUUGAGGAGAACCAAAAGGAUCUAGAGAUGGCUGUCGAGAACUUGAGUGAAAUGUUCGAGAAACCGGUCGAGCAACUCGCGGAUCUCAAAGUUGAGAUGAUGGACAAGACGGCAUACUGCAAGAAGCGCAGGAUUAUCCUGCUCGAGGACACUGCUGACAACCUGAAGACGAGCGCAUGGCAAUUUAAUGUUGAUCUCACAUCCUGA